GCGAAGCACCGACGUCUUUAGAUGCCAAUAUGGCGUGUGUCAUCUCCACGGCAGACGCCCAGUACUCCUCCGAUGUGGUCUGUUCGAUUAUCGCGAAAGACGCGUACACGCUUCUCUUCGUCCUCUCCGCCUCCGCUGCUGCGGCGGAUCGACACGCAGCUCCUGUCGCGGAAAGUGACGGCGGUGACAGCGCAGACCCUUUUGGCUACCGUGUCUUUUCUUCACGGACCUCUCCCACAUCGUCAACGGCAGGCGAGGGCGUUUCAGCGGCCAGCGAUCAGGGAAAUCAUCCGACGAUCAGGGAAUACUUGUGGGCGCACGUCGCAGCGCACCGUGCUACACAAGAAAUCUCACCUUCCGCGUUCGAGCCGACUUCACGCGGCGCACCCUUGCCGUGCCUCUGCUGCUGCCUGCGCGACGUCCACAGCAGGUCCCCGCGGCACAAAGUGCACGUGCCACCGUCAUCUUCUACGGAGAGCCGGGAGAGGAACGUCGCUUCAGCGACCAUCGCGAACGCGUUUGCCGAGCUGCGGGCCACGGAGUACCUUGCUGCGACGGCGGCUACAGCAGGCCCCGCUUUAUCUCCGGCAGAAACAUCAGCGGGCUCACCAGACAGCACAACUGGGGCUUUGCGUGGUGCGGGCACACCACUUCGUCGACUCCACGUAGUACGGCAUCAUGGAGAGGGGGGUUUUAUCGACGUGUGGUGCGUGUUCGAAUGCGGCUGCUGCGCCCUCGCAACCUUCGCGCUUGCACUCAUGGAGGCGGACUCGAGAAGGGUGCGCCUGCACGACUGUGUGUGGGUGCCACGCCCGAUAAACUGCGCAAAGGAGCAACAUCGGCUUUCGUCCAGCGUCGCCGCAACAGGAAGCACUCUUGAAAGAUCAAGCUCUCUGACAGAGGCUGCGACGACGGCGUUGAUCUGCCCUCUGCGAUCCACGACAAACGGAUGUGCAGAAGGGAAAGAAAUGUUGAUUCUCACCCCGCAUCGCCCGGCGGACGACGUCGCACCGAAACUGCACUUUGUCCGUCUGCGCUGCGGGAAUCGCGCAGCGGCGGAUAUUCGUCUUUCCGGCUCCGCCGCUUCCGCAAGAGACGAUAAAGACUCACCGGCAAUGCAAGGAUGGCGGCUCCACGCGCAGGGGUGGUUUUACUUGGAUGAGCUCUUUCGUGUCCCGCCCUCCCUGACACGACCCACUGAAGGCAACGAGGCUGCUGUAGCAGACGAACACAAGCUGAAAGACGUACCCCACGGAGGCGCCAGUGAAGCGCACGCGCUUUCGAACAGCGCCUGCGUAUCCUUGCGCAGUGUGCGCUGGCUGCCGGACGCGCUGGACUGCAGCCACGGUUUUCCUUUACUGGCCGUACUCUACGCCGCCCCUGCCCUCUCCAUUGGCGACUCCUGCCUCGACACCCUCUCGGUUUGCUGCCUCGUGGAGGACGAGUCGGACAGGUGUGAUGCACGCCAUCCCAACAGGGAGUCGGUGAUGACGCGGACGGUAACCGAUGUGACGGAUCCACCGCCCAUACACGUCAGCGGGCGCGUGCUCAUGGGGCCGUGGUCGGUUCGAGGACUCACGCUUGCACAUCCUUCAUUUCUGUUUGCCGCCACGCUCGGAACGCCGCUUCACGGAACGGGACUUGCGAGCAAGCAAAGCGCGGAAAACGGCGAAAGGGCAAUGCGCCGAGGCUCCGAGCGGGGCACAGCCGCAGACGCGUUUCGCAGCACUCGCCGUGCGAUGACGCAGGCGCCCACCGAAAUCGUGGGUGUUUUCCAACGACCUGCCCAGGAGCCCUACGCAGCUAGCCGGCUCUUUCGUGCAGCUCGGCGGCACUCCCACAAGGUUGAUCAAGAAAGUGCAGAGGUGGUCAGCAAUUCUGAGCCUGCGCAGUGGGACCAGAAAAGGAGUGAAGGCGCGUUCGCUUUUGUUUUGUAUGGCGCUGCGGGGGAAGUGGCGCGUUGCGCACUUGACGGCUACCCGGAGUGCGCCUCCACGGUCCUGCUCGCGCAUGACGCCUUCCACAAUGGAGGCGAUCCGCGCACGGCUGCUGACGGCGGCGUAAGAGCGGUAGCCCGUAUUGGUGCCCUCUUCGCAGGAUCGACGGCUGCUUCUGCUGCAGAAGGCGGCUACACCGCCGUGCUACUCACCAUCGUAGCGCAGCCGAUUCGGAGAAUUCGGGGGUUGGCCGCAGACGUGGUGGCUUCCAACCGGCGUGCUUUCGCACCGGACAGCAGAAAGCAAGAAGGUGCCUGUCGAUAUUCCGUGCAACUGACGCAGCGAGUCCGUGUGGAUCUCACCGGCCUACCGCGUUCUCCUUCGUCACUUCCAUCCGCUGCUACCGCGCCACUCUCCGCGCUUGUUUCCGUGGAUCAGAUGCUGCACUGGACUACCUGCGGUGCUCGCUCGAACAGGCAAAGAGGAAGCAGCGGCGAUAGCGUGUGUAUGUUGAUCUGCGGAUAUGCGGCAUGCCGGGAGGGAUCGGUUGACGUCGUCCAUGAAGGUGUCUUUGCACUUUCCAGUGUGCAGACGUGCAUAUCGCCAGUCGACGAUAAAAGCGUUGUUACCGCCGCUGCUGCCACGCCAGAGACACCUCCUCCUCCUUUUGGGACCGUCAAGCAAGACAAGAAAGCGAAAAUCUGCAUCUGCGCGCAAGGCGUGUCUGCGAUCGAAUUCGCACGCUCUUGUCGCCUCUGCAGCUCGAUGGACUCGACCAGCAUGGACGUGCUCUCUCACUCGCCUCUCUCCGUUGUCGGCUCUCACGCGCUGCCAUCCACCGCGCUGCCUUCCAACGUGCUUCCCGUCGCCCUUGCUUGGGUGCACAGCACUCCCAGAAACAAAGACGGUUUUUCCAGCGGUAUCACGUCGGUGGGGUGUGAGCUCGCAGCGUGUGUAGAGCUGAUGGAUGUUGUGGCGCUCUUGCGGUCUGGCGACGUGGUCGGCUGGCGCUGCGAUACAGAAGCUCCGCGAACAGCAGACAAGAUCAGCAGCGGCAGACAUGAGGAGGCAUUGCAGUUGGUGCUGCGUCUUGGCACCUUGCAGUACGCGAAAGCGACGAACACACCAUCAGGGUCUUCGCCCACUCAACGAGAUCGUGAAACAAAGUUUUUACAGGUGCUGCUGAACGAAGGAGCGGGUCCUGCCGACGCUUCCAUGAAAGUUGUCGUGACUAGAAAGAACAAGGAGACGCACGCGGCUGCUGUGUUGCUCGUCAUUGCCGCCGGGCCUUUGGUGGGCGUUGUACGCCUGGCGGACGGCCAUGUGGAGCGCGUGAUCGACGUGCGGACAGCCAACACGAAGUCCGUGUGGACGUCUUCGACUUCUGUGUCUACGAUGCAGCUCGAACAGCUGCCCGUCACUGAGCCGUAUUCUUGCACUUCUCAGGGCAGUGGUGUAGAGGGAUGUGGAGAAACCUUUUCGUUUCUCUGGACAGGUGUUCUCACCUCUGACGACACCGCCGCAGAACAACAGCAGCUCGCGCGUGACGCCGCAUCGUCCGUAGUGGCAAAUACGAAGAGUACGAGUGGAAAGACCAGCGUCAGCAACUUGCGUGUGCGGAGGCGGGUGCGCACCAUGACGUGCGUUCUUCAACUCGGCGUCGUCUCUUGGGCUGACAUUGCUGCCUCCCAUGCGUGCGUGGCGAAUGCAGACGGCGCCGCGCUUUGCCAACUACUGCGUGACUCCAUCCAUGGACCAUCGUUAAGAGAAGACGGCCAGGCUGCUGCUGUUGGUGCUGCGGCUGCAGCGAGUCGCGCUUCUUCACUCGUAACCUUCACUCCUCCACCUUCCAUUGUACUUCUGCAAAACAGCAUCGCCUGGUUUGGGGAGGAAGUUGCGUCGGGUGACGCGGCAGGAAACAGGGCAAACGACGACGCCGUCGAGACCCCGCUGUGGCCGCCACAGACAUCGAAACUCUGCCCUUUCUUUGGUUGGUUCAACGCCGCAUCGAAGGCGAAUGAGGUGAGUGCGACGGAGACAGAGCGGGAGGCCCGCCUGCCAACGGAAGCGGCGUCGCUCUGCGUGUGUGAUGCCGCCCUUUUACACACCGUAUGGCCUGGCCGACGUUUUCUUUCGGAGAAAGCUACCGUGUCUGAAGAGGCAGUGCGAGACGAGUCUGGACUCUGCCCUGCCCUUGGAUACAGCAGCAACAACGGUCAACAGAAUCCAUUCAUUCGUCGUCUUCGGUGGUCCUGGGAGGCGGAGGGCGAUGCUGCUUCGACGAAGGAAAGUGCAGGAGAGAACAUGCCUCGCAGUGCGGAUGCGCUCUUACGUCAACUUCUUUGUCGGCCACUGCGCGUUGCGCCGGUCCCGUUGUAUAACGCCGAUGCAGCGACAGCGACAGCAGCAGCAGCAAGGCUUCUUGUGGUACGACUUCCUCGGCUCGUGGCGGACAUGGACUGGGCGACGAAGGUAAGUGUAGCAUUGGAUAGAGAGAACAGCGACGGAGCGGGCUUGAACUUCACCGACUUCGCUCUCCAGCAGGUUCUGUACAUUACUUCGCUGACGGGUCCUGCGGCGCUGCGGGAUUCUCUUCACUCCCCCGUUUCGGCGUCUCUCCACAACCUGGUACUGUGCACGUUGCUGCUGACGGAAAGCGAUGUGACACGUUCGGCUUCGUUAGCGUCUACAAGCCGCAGCGUCCCGCGCGAUCGGUUGGCGUCUUUUCUGCUGUGCGGUAUACCUUCGACACCCGUUGAUCGCGCGACUCCUUCUGCCUCUCUUGGUCCUGCAGCGAGGAGCAAAGCAGCAAACGCAGGUGUGAGUGGCGUGAGGCUUACGUGGCACUGGAUACCGCUGCCACCAGUUGAGGUGAACUCGGAAGCUGUUCCCGUUGGGGUGACGCGUGUGUUGCCCACAGCCUCAUCGCCUUCUCUGCUUUCCUCACCUGCGCACCGUGCAGCAAAUGCCCUCAGCGCCACACAGGAAACAGUUGCUUUCCAGGACAGGGUGUGCGUGUUUUAUUGCGAAGGCGUGACGGCCGCGACGGCCGCAAACCCGUCACCAUUGUUUGUGCAAAGUCGGCUGGUCAUUCGGCACGCUCAGCUGUGUGCUACGCUGGCGAGUGGCUGCAUGAGUGACAGUGACCGUCGCUCCGCGGACGAUGCGGAAAGUGUGUUUGCCUACGUUGCGGUCGACCCUGCGCUUAUUUGCUGGCAAAGUAUCUCGCGCAGUGACGUGUGCGAAUGA